GGUUAUUACCAUGAGGUGAAAGCAGACUUUUAAGGGGGCACCGCAGACAAGCAAGUCCUUCAGUUUUAAUUGGCGAUUUUCGGUCCUAGAGUUCUGAAACGCGCCUCAAAUCAAUGUUUGCUGCUAUUUCCUCCAACUGGAUAUCGUAAUAGGACACGGUUCUGUCAAGAUGUACACUUGGUUUAAAACUAAUGGGUACUUGCCUUUGCCUGUGUGAUGAAGACUGAAGUCAUAUACGAUUAAAUUUGCGUCAAAACCAUUAUGUUUUAGAGAAAGAGGGUGUGGGAUCUAAUGGAAGUAAUGAUGGAAAACAAAUCAAACGCAGCAGACUCGGAAAACUAAAAAGCUAUGGACUCAAACCCAAGAGAUAACACGGUGUCUUCGCGCAUACAAAUUGGACCUCAACUUGCAGAUGAGUCAUUGGAGAAGGGUAAAAUUACGAGUUCAACCAAUGAUUUAGUGAAGCCAUUUACAGAGGCAUGCCAUUCUGAAGCUGCAAAUGUUCCUUUUGAUCGGUUCACAGGACCAAAAGUUUAUCACUCCCCAAAACUAUGGCACCUUCGAGUUUCGGUUAUUGAAGCAGAGCAUAUCAUGCCAGGGCACAGAGGACCAGAGUUGGUGAGGUUCCCCGAGUUCGUUAUCAAAGUCCAAGUUAGAAACUUUCAUCUGAGUACUGCGAUUGCUGCUCCUAGCUCCACUCGAAGCUUCUCCAAUCCUUUCUGGAAUGAAGACUUGUUGUUUGCGGUUGAUGAGCCGUUUGUAGAUUCAUUGCAGGUUACGGUUCAGGACCGGAUACAAUCGGACAAUGAGAUUGUUGUGGCUACGGGGAAAGUUUUAAUGGAUACUAUAGAGAAGCGAGUUGAUGAAAGACCUGUUACUUCGAGUUGGUUCAAUCUUGAAAGCCACCACGGAAAAUCAGGUGAUAAGAACAAGGCAAGUACAAGGUUUGUUCCUCGGAUUCACCUACGAGUCUUUUUAGAUGGAGGAUACCAUGUGUUUGAUGAGGUCAAAAUGAAUAACAGCGACCACCUUAUUGGGGUGCUUUAUAUGAAAAUCCUUGGUGCCAGGGGGCUUGAGCCAGUGCAAAUAAAGGAUACUAUUGGUGAAGAGCAGCCUGUGACUAUUGCAUAUUGUGUUGCAAAGUAUGGGCAAAAAUGGUGUCGAACUCGCAAUGUGGUUGAUAGCUUGUCGCCAGAGUGGAAUGAGGAAUACAGUUGGGAAGUUUAUGAUCUCUGUACUGUUGUUACUAUUGGGGUUUUCUAUGACCGUAGGAUCAUUGAAAAUGUUGAUGAUGAUGAUGAAGAAGCUUCUUCAGAUGAUUGUAUUGGGAAAGUGAAAAUCAGAUUGUCCAUACUUGAUACUGAUAGAACUUACACUCACUCUUACCCUCUGCUGAUCAUGCUUCCAUCUGGAGUGAAGAGAACGGGUGAAAUUCAUUUGAGCACGAGGCUUUCGUGUUCGAAUGUGUCUAACAUGCUGCUUAGAUACACAAUGCCAUUGCUUCCCAUGAUGCAUUAUGCGGAACCCAUAACCGAGGGUCAACGUAUUAACUUGACUAACCAGGCCAAGAGCUUGUUGGUAUCCAGGCUGAGUAGAGAAGAGCCACCACUGGGAAGGAAGGUGGUAGAGUACAUGCUUGAAGAUGAUAUGUGGAACUUAAGGAUAAGCAAAGCCAAUUUUUACAGGAUGAUGGGCGUAGGCUCGGGGCUUUUUGCCAUGUUUAGGCUUCUGAAUGAAAUUCGUAACUGGCAAAAGCCAGCACAUUUGAUACUAUUCAUUGUCAUUGUAGUCACGCUAAUGAUGCAUCCAAAGUUAAUCAUUCUGGCCUAUAUAUUAUACAUCGGGUUAGCGGGGUUGGCGAACUAUCGUUGUCGACCACGCCACCCACCUGGUAUUGAUGCCAGACUUUCACAAGCUGAGGGCAGUCACCCCGAUGAGCUUGACGAAGAGUUUGAUACGAUCCCUACAACUCGUCCCGAUGAUAUUGUUAGGAUGAGGUAUGAUAGGCUGAGAACUAUUGCAGGAAGGAUUCAAACUGUGGUUGGAGAUCUGACAUCACUGCUAGAACGACUCCAAGCAUUGGUGAAUUGGAGAGAUCCAAGAGCCACCACCUUAUUUUUGGUGUUUUGCUUGGUUAGUGCUUUUGCUUCCUAUGUUGUGCCCAUCCGGGUUCUGAUUGCGCUCUUCGGAAUGUACUGGUUGAGACCACCAUGGUUCAGAAGCAAAUCGCCCCCUCUAGCUCUUAACUUCUUCCGUAGAUUGCCAUCUAAGGAUGAUUGUUUCUUUUGAACGCAUGGAUAAGACUGGAAUUGGGAAGUUUUUAAUCGAUACUCUCGAACCAGUUGGUCCAAGAUACCGGGUGAUGAAGCACCCCUCAGAUCUAAUUAUUCAAGCCUCUCCUUGACACCUUUAACACCAUAAGCACAUAAUUAAAAAAUUCUUUG